GCGAAAUCACGUAACGGUCUCCGGUAAGCCGGAAAGUAAUAAUACUAAGCCGUGACGUCUUUUUUACGGCUAAUACUAAAUAUAAUUUACAUUUUUGCAAUAAAUUAAAGUUUAUAAAGUGUGUGUACAGUAGUUACAUUUUUAGUGUUGAAUUUGAGUUAACGAGAGCUUUUUUUCAAGUCACCAUGGAGUCACUCAAAAUUCACUUAGAUGCCCUCGAAAUGGCUGGGAAAAUGGUCGAUAAACACAUUGUUGUUGAUAGUAAUUUCCCUUCAUUGAUAAAUCUUAUGAGAUAUUCUGUUCAAGGUGGUCCCACAGUGAGUGGAUUAGACGACUACGAUUACCCAAAUUUGAACAGUAAUAUGAUGAGUUUAACGAGUUUAAAUCAAAUGAAAAUGCACAGUAAAAUACCAUUGCCUUCAGAAGUAAUGGAGCAUUUUAGUCAUAUGCAAUGUCACUGCAUGAUGGGCCUUUUUACUGAUAUCUCUAAAGCUUGGUUAACAAUUGACAGUGAUAUUUAUGUGUGGUCUUACGAAGAUGAAUCAGAUGUUGCUUACUUUGAUGGUCUUAAUGAAACAAUUAUUAGUGUCGGUUUAGUAAAACCUAAACCUGGAAUAUUUCAAAGCUAUGUCAAGUAUUUAUUGGUUCUUACAACAACAGUGGAAAUUACAGUUCUCGGUGUUACAAUGAUGGAAAAAAACGAUGGAACUCAAGGAGAGAUGCAGCUAGUUCCUGAACCAAUUUUUACUGUAACAACUGAUGGAAUAGCAAUUACCACAGUGGCAAAUACUAACAGUGGUCGAAUAUUUUUAGGAGGAAGAAAUGGUUCAUUGUAUGAAAUUCAUUAUCAAGCAGAAAGUACUUGGUUUGGUAAACGCUGUAAGAAAAUCAAUCAUUCAGAAGGACCAUUAUCUUUCUUAGUGCCAUCUUUCGUCUCUAUUGCACUUUCUGAAGAAGAAGCUAUAGUUCAAAUAUCCGUUGAUGAUUCCAGAAAUAUAUUAUAUACUCUUGGAGAUAAAGGAACAAUUAUGGUAUGGGAUAUAGACAGUGGAGCUUCUAAAAUUACCUCUUUAUCUCAAGCAUCACUAGUCCAAAAUGCAGUUCAUGUUGUUAAAACUCUCGAUAGUAAUAAUUUCAGACCCUUAGUUAGCAUUUCUGCCAUUACCGAAACAGAAUCCAUCCAUUUGAAUCUUGUAGCCGUUGCUGCAACAGGUACAAGAUUCUACUUUACUUGUACAUCUAUAACUAAUCCUGGAUCUCGUCCGCAAUGUCUUCAACUGGUUCAUGUACGUCUUCCUCCCGGCUAUGCAGCAAAUGCACCUGUCAUGCGACCACGGAAGGUUCAAAUGGCUCAUUACAAAAAAGGAACCUUGAUUUUAGUUUGUGGAGGUGAUGUAGAAACUGCUUGGUGUCUUAGUAAUGAUGCAUAUCCUUUCACAAAUCAUCUUGCGGAAACCCAAAGUAUUUUGCCAUUCGAUAGUCCUGCUUGGGCAAUGGCCGAGAUUCCCGGAGAACCAGCAAUUUAUAUAGAAAAACAAUCUACCAAUAAUCAAGGUGAUCCACCUCUUUUAGUUCGUCAACAUAUGGAACCUCCAAGAAAAUUCAUUUUUCUCACCGCUCAGGGAGCUAUUAUUCUCGUUCAAUUACGUCCCGUUGAUAUUCUCCGACAAUUACUUUUGGAGCAACGUGGUCCAGAUACUGAUUUAGUUCGAGCUUAUUUUGAAAGUCAAACUCCUGAACAAGCCUGUGCCACUUGUUUAAUUUUAGCAACACUGGAAAGCACACAAAAUGCUCAGUUAUCUGAAUGGGCAACAAGAGCCUUCUUCCUUUAUGGAAGUCAACGAACUAUAACCCAACAUGAUAUUCAUGGAAUGAAUAAUGUUUGUACAUCAACUCCGCGAGUUACUAGUUUUGAUCCACGUCUAGGAAUGUAUCGAUCACCUCAUCAGCCUCAUACAAUGAACGAAACUGGUCUUCAAGAAUUUUCUGCUAAGCAUGGAGGAUUAUAUCUGUAUGUGGGAAGAAUUUUAAGACCUAUUUGGAACAUUCGUUGUAUUAAACAAGAAAUUGUAGAUAAUAAAACGCAGAUAUCAAGUACUAUAGGUUCAAUUCAAGUUGGUUGGAUUCUAGGACAUCUACAAGCACUAAGAUCAUUUUUGAAUAAAAAUACGCAUAUUUCUAAACAUCACAAUACAGCUAAAAAUAUUACAGACGGUUUUGAUUGGACAAUUUCUUAUCACCAAGAGCCAAUGGUUGAAGAAAGAAAUUCAUUGGAUGCUUUGAAAAUUUUUAUUACUCAUGCCUGUGAAGUUCUGGGUCUCUGGAAGAUCUUAUGUGAAAAUCAGCUACAUAAUAUUGUUAGUUGUUUAUCUAAGGACCAAAUUAAUCAAUUUUCUACUGCCACUUUUAGAGAUUUAAUUCUUAUCGGACACGAAAUAUCAUCUCUUCUUAUUAUCCACUUAAUAGACAGCUAUUUAGGAGACAAUGCGUCUGUAGACACAGUGAGUGCCAAAUUACGUGAAGUUUGUCCAAAUCUAUACAAAAGUGAAGAUGCUGUAUGCUCCAAAGCAAACGAAAUUAUUUUGAAAGCCAAAAAUUGCACAAACGCUGAAGAAAAAGAAAUACAUCUUCAAUCUGCUCUGAAACUUUGUAAAAUGGUGGCUCCAAGAUUAAAUUUCUCUGCUGUAUGUCAACAAUUUGUAGCUUGUCAAUUUUAUACUGGUGUUUUAGAACUUUGUCUCUGUUGUGCGGAAAAAAGCGACCCUAAUAAUGCUGCUUUACACUAUUAUAAAAAUAAUGAGCCACCAGAAGAUCACGAAGGAUUCAUGGCAUAUACUCGGCGUUUAGAUAUUUACAGAGAAAUUACUGCUAUGCUGGAUCACUUAUAUAAUCAGAGUAUAUCUAAUCCUCUAACACCAACCGUACCCAGUAAACCGGGUCCACCAACUUAUAAUACUUCAACGACUACUGUCAUACCGGCUAAACAGAUUCUUCAUGAAAUCAUCGAAGAUGCUCUUCACAGUCCUUGUGAAAUACUUCAUGCAUCAGUGUAUACCUGGAUGAUUGAAAAAAAUCUACAUGGAGAGUUGGUAGCUCUAGCUGCACCCUCUUUGGAAGCUUAUCUCAUUCGUGUUAAUGCACCUGAACUGUUAUGGCAAUUUUAUGAACGAAAUAAAAAUCACGCAGCUGCAGCAAAGAUCCUUGAUGCUUUGGCUACUAAACCUGGAUCUGAUGUAUCACUUUCUCAACGUGUCGAAUAUCUAGCUCGAGCUGUCGUUUGUAUGAGAAGUGAUCAAGCUGGUUACGCUCCUUAUCUUGGAGUUUUCUUACGAGAACUAGAAGAUAAAGUUGAAAUUGCGAGGAUCCAGCAACAAAUUCUUGAAACAAUCUGCAAUCAAGCAAAUUUGUAUAAUACUAUGACUGUGCGGGACGCAAAAUUAAGACUCAAUUCUUCACUGUUGGACAUUACUCAAUUGUACGAAGACUAUGCUGAUCCUCUAAAUCUUUGGGAGUGCAAGUUAGCGAUUAUUCACUGUUCUGGACAUCAAGAUGCUAUGUUGGUUCAAGGAAUAUGGACUAAAAUUAUAGAUAAUGAAUUGAAUAAUGUUCAAACUCAGUCUCCUGAAGAUAAGAUGUCUAUUGUUAUGAGUAAAAUUAAAAUGUUAGGCCAAGAAUAUUCAGGAACACCUCAUUGUUUCCCUACAGACUUUCUUAUAAAAGAAUUAGAGAUUAGAGCAUGUAGACUUCAAGUCCCUAACACAGAUAUUAUCACUGGUUUCUUACAAUUAGGAAUUUCUAUGGAAGACCUCUUAGACUAUUAUGAUAAAUUAGUUAGUGGAAAUAAUCGAAUUUGGUUAAAUGAAGGAAAUGAAUUCCAUUUAAUUGAAUCUACUGCCAAUCUUGUAACCUAUUUUACAAAGAACUCAAAAGUUGCUAAUAAUUUUAUUAGAAGAAAAAUUAUCACAAAGUGUCAGGAUGUGAUUUCAAAAUGUCUUACGACACUUUUCAGCAAAUCUAAUGGUAAUGAAUUAAUUAACAGACUCAGGGAAAUCCAAAGUGUUCUUAACAGAUUAUGAAAUAUUUGAGUGAUAAAUAAUUUCUUUUUUAAAUGCAAAAAAUUAAAUGUACAGAAAAUUAAUCAUGAAAAUCAUUCACAUUAGUGAAAUGGCCUAACAUUAUUUUAUUCUUCUAUACUUAAGAUUAGGAUAAUUUGUGAAAUAUAUGUUGUCAAAU